AUGUCAGCGCAAGCACAACGCGGAAAACAGCGGCAACAAACUGAGGAGCAGCAAAAAGAGGCGGAUCAGGCGCUCCUUCAGGCGGCCAUCGAGGAAAAUGAAAUGGAGCAGGAUGAGAACUUCACCGUCAUCGACAAACUCGAAUCCACCGGCGUUUCUUCCGGCGACAUCGCCAAACUUAAAGAAGCCGGCUAUUAUACAUACGAGGCUCUUGCCUACACGACGAGGAGGGAAUUGAGAAACGUGAAAGGAAUCAGCGAGCAAAAGGCUGAAAAGAUUAUGAAAGAGGCGAUGAAGCACGUGCAAAUGGGUUUCACUACCGGCGCCGAGGUGCACAUGAAGCGUAGUCAGCUGGUCCAACUUCGGACCGGAUCGGCGGCACUCGAUCGCCUACUCGGCGGCGGUAUUGAAACCGGCAGCAUCACCGAAGUCUACGGCGAAUAUCGAACCGGCAAAACGCAGCUGUGCCAUAGUAUCGCGGUGCUCUGCCAAUUACCAAUUGAUAUGGGCGGCGGCGAGGGAAAAUGUAUGUAUAUUGACACGAACGCCACAUUUCGGCCCGAGAGAAUUAUCGCAAUUGCUCAAAGGUAUAACAUGGAUAGUGCUCAUGUGCUAGAGAAUAUUGCGGUGGCGCGAGCUUACAACUCUGAGCAUUUAAUGGCGCUGGUGGUGCGAGCAGGCGCCAUGAUGUCUGAGAGCCGGUACGCGGCGAUGAUCGUCGACUGCGCCACAUCGCAUUUUCGCAACGAGUUCACCGGUCGCGGCGAUUUGGCCGAACGCCAAACGCGGCUCGCCGCCUUCCUCAAAUGUCUCGCAAAACUCGCCGACGAGUACGGCGUUGCAGUAAUCAUCACAAAUCAGGUGGUUGCACAAGUCGACGGCGGCGCUGGAAUGUUUCAGGCGGACGCGAAAAAGCCGAUCGGCGGCCACAUCAUCGCGCACAUGUCGACGACACGAUUAUAUCUGCGCAAGGGAAAAGGCGAAAAUCGUGUCGCGAAAAUGGUUCAGUCGCCGAAUCUGCCCGAAGCCGAAGCGACUUACUCGAUCACGAAUCACGGAAUCGAAGACGCGCGCGAAGAAUAG